GUGACGACGACGUGCUAACGUGCUAAGCUAACUGCUUAGCACGGCCGGAACUGUCGCGUAGCUAUUUUGCUGUCUGUGCGGCGGUGGACGUUUUCACUCCUCCGUAUUAAUAUUUCAUUUCCCCCCCCCCCCCCCCGUCUGUGUGUGUUAACCACCAGGUUUGUUUAACAAUGCCGAGCAAAAAGAAGAAAUACAACGCGAGAUUUCCACCGGCAAGGAUUAAAAAGAUUAUGCAGACGGAUGAAGAAAUCGGCAAAGUGGCUGCAGCAGUACCUGUUAUUAUUUCGAGAGCCCUGGAGCUUUUCUUGGAGUCGUUGCUCACCAAGGCCUGUCAUGUCACCCAGUCCAAAAAUGCAAAAACCAUGACGACGUCACACUUAAAACAGUGCAUCGAGGUGGAGCAGCAGUUUGACUUCUUGAAAGACUUGGUGGCAACUGUGCCGGACAUGCAGGGCGAGGGAGACGAGAACCACACCGAGGCAGCGGGGGAAAAGGUGCCACGCAGGGGUCGAAAGCCAGGGUCCGCUCACAAAAAUGGAGGGGCCGGCUCGAAAGGCAAGGACAAGAAGUUGUCCGGGACCGAGUCGGAGCAAGAGGACAACUCAGAAGACAGCGAGACAGAUGGGGACGAAGAGGACGGCUCUCAGUCAAGCACAAAUCUGCAGGCUGUAUCCAGGUUCCACAGCGCCGGCGCUCCCCCGAAGUACACGCACCCGGGCAACGUGGUCUCAGGGGACGACACGUCCGCGGCGCAGCCCCGGGGCCCCGUGACGUUCGCCCCGCACCCCUCCAUGAUGAGCGCCGCGCCGCCUCCGCCGCCUCCCGUGCUGCAACAAAACGAGGACUACGACGAGGAAGACUAUGACUCGUAGCUCCCCCCCCUCGCCCCCCCCAUAUCCACACACAGCUUUUUUUAGUUGAAGUUGCUCUCACGACGGUCACUCGGAGCAGAGGAGCAAAAAGACUCUUCAUCGGCGAGAGGCCGUCGGAGGAAAAAAGAAAAAAGCCGGUUGUACAUUGCGUUUUAAUUUUCUUCUCUUUUAAACGACGGCUUUUAUUUCAUUGUAGACAAGAAUCCAACCAGGAUAUUUUUAAGGAGUUCAGUUUUGGUUAUCAUUCAGAAAUGUAUUUUUUUUUUUUCUAUGUUUGUUUUUGUUUUUUGCUUCCAGACGGGAUGGGUGUGGUUUGUCGCUUUCUGGCUUCUCUCACUCUUUUUUUUUUGCUCUCUUUUUAUCCCCACCCCCAAAAACAAUAAUAAUAAUAAUAAAAACAAACUUCCCAAGACCACAACACAGACAACACCUUGAAGAUACCUCCUUUUUUUUUUUUUUUUUUUAAAUAAAAUAAAAUCCUCGACUGGAUGCCCAUCAGUUGACAAACUGAAUCAUAACUGUUGUUUUUUUUCAACUCUUUUGCCAAUUAAUUUCUAUUCAGGCCCCACCCCUCUUGAGUUUUGUAUGUUGCAUAACACCCCCCCCCCCUUUUUUUUUUUUAAAGACUACUUUUAAUGAAUUGAAAGUAGACACGAGGUUCCCCUUUAUGUCCAUGUUAAAUUGUAAAAGUUUUAACAUUAUUGUUAUUUUGUAUGGAUUAAAUAAUAAUAAAAAAAAAGUCAUUUGUAUUUAUGGCGCUGUUGUUGUUUAUUUUUUUCAUUUUUCCCAUGCCUGGUCUGUGAGUUACAUGAAUUGUUCCUCAAUAAAUGUUUAAGAACUAA